CUGGUUCCAGAUAAGAUCGAAGAUGAGUUGGAAAUGACCAUGGUUUGCCAUCGGCCUGAGGGACUGGAGCAGCUUGAGGCCCAGACCAACUUCACCAAGAGGGAGCUGCAAGUCCUUUACCGAGGCUUCAAAAAUGAGUGCCCCAGUGGUGUGGUCAACGAAGACACAUUCAAGCAGAUCUACGCUCAGUUUUUCCCUCAUGGAGAUGCCAGCAUGUAUGCCCAUUACCUCUUCCACGCCUUCGACACCACGCAGACAGGCUCCGUGAAGUUCGAGGACUUUGUAACCGCUCUGUCAAUUUUACUGAGGGGAACCGUCCAUGAGAAACUAAGGUGGACAUUUAAUUUGUAUGACAUCAAUAAAGAUGGAUACAUAAACAAAGAGGAGAUGAUGGACAUUGUCAAAGCCAUCUAUGACAUGAUGGGGAAAUACACAUAUCCUGUGCUUAAAGAAGACACUCCAAGGCAGCACGUGGACGUCUUCUUCCAGAAAAUGGACAAAAAUAAAGAUGGCAUCGUGACUUUAGACGAAUUUCUUGAAUCCUGUCAGGAGGAUGACAACAUCAUGAGGUCCCUGCAGCUCUUCCAAAAUGUCAUGUAACUGUGAACACAGCCAUUCCAAUGGCUCUCAGAGAUGUUGUACCAAAUAACCAACUUAACACCUUGAUCAGCCCUCCUUUUGAUUUUACACACGGACUCUUGGGACAGAACCACCUUUUACUCUUUG